AUGUUCAUUCAAGAAGUCGGGAAACUAAAAACCGCUUCGCCACCGACGGUAAGCGAAGCGGCCAGCAAAAAGAAAUCACGCCGUCUUUUUAUAAUCGAUCGUAAAACUAACCUUAAAUUUUUGGUUGACACGGGUGCCGAUUUUUCAAUUUUGCCAGCAUCAUUUUUCAAAGAGAAAUUAAAACCGACUAAUUAUUCAUUGUUCGCUGCAAACGGAUCGCUCAUCAAAACAUACGGUAACAAAUUGCUUACAAUCGAUUUUGGACUUCGAAGAGAAUUCACGUUUAGAUUCAUCAUUGCCGAUGUGACUAAGCCAAUUUUGGGUGCGGAUUUUCUUGACAGGUUCGGUUUGUUAGUUGAUAUCAAAGGCAAGUCACUCAUCGACCGCGAAACCAAACUUGAGACAAAAUGCGUUUCCGAAUACACAACGUAUGAGCCGGUGUUUUCUAUCAACAGCGAUAAUGUUUGCAAAGCGUUGCUAACCGAAUUCAAAGAGCUGACAACACCGACUUGUUACGACAAAACAAAAGCAGCGAAAACAUCCGUUCGACAUCAAAUCAUCACAAACGGACAACCAGUUUUCUCACGUGCACGUCGUUUAAAUCAAGAGAAACUCACCAACGCCAAAAAAGAAUUUGAAUACAUGAUCAACAUGGGAAUUUGUCAACCGUCACAAAGCGAAUGGGCCAGUCUAGUGAUGGGCAAUUUACCCGGUAUUUAA